CUUCAAGAGCAACCGGAGCCACACUCGCUAUCCACCACCCCCAGAGCAGAUAAGGGUGGGCGACUCGGAAGAUGUUAUUCCGUUCUCUUCUUCUUCAGUAAAACCAUCGAAAGAUCUGAGUGACUAAAAUGGAGGGACUGUGUCACCCAAUGUCAAGAACAAUCAACAGAAUUAACCUACAAAUCCCAAAACUAAGAACCCUUCAACGAAUACCUUCUGUCAACGGAAGAGGCCUGCAAUGCCAUGGCUCCAAAUAUGAAGAAGCUUUACCAGAAAAGGAUGAAUUCCCCAAGCAUUCAAAGAAAAGCUUAAAACUGCAGCCGAAGGCCCGCCGCCUCAUUACGAUUUCCACAUCUGAUUGCAAAUAUCAAGGGCAGUGGACAUACGACUUUGUCUUCACUCUCAGAGAUUUGCAACUGGAUGACUUGGCAGAAGAAGGGCAAGGAGAUGCAGAGGUUUUUGUUAGCUUAGCUGUUCAGAAGCACACAGGCUUUGGUUACUCCGUCGAUGGAAAAGUCACCUCAUCCUUCACAAGGAAAUGCAGCAACUGCUUCUGCAAAUAUAUCAAAGAGAUUGAUACCACAUUCAAUGUCUGGGUUCUACCUUCAAGCAAGGAAAGCCAUUCAAUGCCAGAGAUCGGUGGAGAUGACCCAUCAGUUAUCUAUGUAAAACCCGGGACAGAAGCUGAUCUUGAUUCUCUGAUUCAGGACACAAUUCGAUUAUAUACCUCAGUGAAGGGAACUUGCUCAGAUGCUUGUGACAAGUUGGGACCGAAACUGCAGUAUAUUGGACCAAAGGAAAAACCUUUUGACAAAAGAUGGUCAAGACUUUUGGAGAUCAAGAGAGCCAUGACGAGAGAAAUUUACCCCAGUAUUUACUCACAGACAGGACAAUGCAAUGAAGAUUACGUGCAGCAGCAGUAGCAGACAAGUUAGUGCAGCGACAAAUCUGUGUAUACAAUGCAAAAGCUCGACUGUAAACCGUGUUUAGGAGUUUAUGUCAUCCAAUCUGCAUCUCAUCCUGAGCGUUAUUUUAUAUCAAAGAAUUUGGGAAUGUAUAUAAGGAAGCCAGUUUCCUGCUUCAGACACCGAACCAACAUUUAGACACAGCACAAAUGGCUGCGAGCCAAACAGCACAGGAUCACAUAUUUCCUUGUUGGUGUAAUUCGUUGACAAGCUUUGCUAAGAGCAUAUGUUUGGUCCCUGGUGCCCAUUGUAUGAAACAAGUAACCCGAUCUCACUUUGGAUGAAAAAUCUGAAACAAAAAAUAAAUUACAAGGACAGGAAACCAUUAAGAACAUUUUCAGACCUUUUUCAA